AUGCCACCCGGGACCCCCUCGGCAUGGCAGGGUGGCCAGCGGGAGCGUGGCGACGGCCCCGGCGGGCUCUGUGCUUCCCCAGCGCUGGCACGCUGCCCGCCUGGGACGCUGCCCAGCCGGAAAGGGGAGGGUUUGCACCAGCUCCGCGAGGCGCUGAAGAUUUUAGCGGAGAGGGUUUUAAUCUUGGAAACAAUGAUUGGGCUCUACGCUGGGGACACCAGUGUCCCCCCCGGACAGGUUGUGGAUGUGUCCCCCCAAAUGUCGGGGGGCUCCGCGUGCUGGGGGGUGGCAGAGGGAGCACCCCAAGCCUUUAUCAAUGUUUUUUAUUCUUUUUCUUCUCCUUUUCUUUUAGACUACAGUACCUAUAGCCAAGCUGCAGCUCAGCAGGGCUACAGCGCCUAUGCACCUCAGCCAGCCCAAGGAUAUGCACAGACCACCCAGAAUCCAAGUUACUACAACCACAUUUGUCUGCAAACUCCAAGUAUGUUUCCAAAGACCUACGGGCAGCAGAGCUACGGGACCUACGGGCAGCCCAGCGACGUCAGCUACACGCAGCCGCAGACCACGGCCACCUACGGGCAGACAGCCUACGCCACGUCCUACGGGCAGCCCCCCACAGGUUACAGCGCCCCGACCGCGCCCCCUGCCUACAGCCAGCCCGGGGGGGGCAGCCAGCCCGCCUACCCCGCCUACGGGGCACAGCCGGCGCCGGCCGCGCCCGCCAGACCCCAGGAUGGCAGCAAACCAGCAGAGACCAGCCAGCCCCAGUCCAGCACGACAGGCUACAGCCAGCCCAGCCUGGGCUACGGGCAGAGCAACUACAGCUACCCCCAGGUGCCUGCCAGCUACCCCAUGCAGCCUGUCACUGCUCCACCCUCCUACCCUCCCACCAGCUAUUCCUCCACACAGCCAAGCAGUUACGAUCAGAGCACUUACUCCCAGCAGAGCAGCUACGGGCAGCAGAGCUCCUAUGGCCAACAGACCAGUUAUGGCCAGCAAAGCAGCUAUGGGCAGCAGCCACCUCCCACCAGUUACCCACCUCCCACUGGAUCCUACAGCCAGGCCCCCAGCCAGUACAGCCAGCAGAGCAGCAGCUACGGCCAGCAGAGCUCGUUCCGCCAGGAGCAUCCCAGCAGCAUGAACAUGUACGGGCAGGAGUCCGGAGGCUUCUCCGGCCCCGGGGAGAGCCGGAGUCUGAGCGGCCCCGAGAGCCGGGGCAGGGGACGAGGGGGAUAUGAGCGAGGAGGAGGCAUGAGCAGAGGUGGGCGGGGAGGAGGACGCGGUGGAAUGGGCAGCGCUGGAGAGCGAGGUGGCUUCAAUAAGCCUGGUGGACACAUGGAGGAAGGACCCGACCUGGAUUUAGGCCCCCCUAUGGACCCGGAGGAGGACUCGGACAGCACUGCAGUCUAUGUGCAGGGACUCAGUGAUAAUGUGACCCUGGAGGAUCUGGCAGAUUUCUUCAAACAGUGCGGUGUUGUCAAGAUGAACAAGAGGACGGGGCAGCCCAUGAUAAACCUGUACAUCGACAAGGAAACGGGCAAGCCCAAGGGCGAUGCCACCGUGUCCUACGAUGACCCGUCCACUGCCAAAACAGCCGUGGAGUGGUUUGAUGGGAAGGAUUUCCAGGGCAGCAAGCUGAAGGUGACCCUGGCACGGAAGAAGGGCCCGAUGAACAGCCUGAGGGGCGGGAUGCCCCCGCGGGAGCAGCGGGGAAUGCCCCCUCCCCUCCGUGGAGGUCCGGGGGGACCCGGUGGCCCGGGGGGCCCCAGCGGGCCCAGCGGCCCCAUGGGCAGGAUGGGGGGAAGAGGCGGAGACAGGGGCGGCUUCUCCUCGAGGGGCCCGCGGGGAUCCCGGGGAAACCCGUCCGGAGGGAGCGUCCAGCACCGCGCCGGGGACUGGCAGUGCCCCAACCCGGGCUGUGGAAACCAGAACUUUGCCUGGAGAACAGAGUGCAACCAGUGCAAGGCACCCAAACCCGAGGGGUUCCUCCCACCCCCCUUCCCUCCUCCAGGUACGUUUGGGGGGGUCACAGCCCCACUUCCCAACGGGACACCCCAGGCCUGGCCUUGGCCUUUUUGGGGAAUGGCUGGGCCAGCUCCAGGAGCGGCCAGGCCUUCAUCCCUCCUUGAGCCACAACAUGGAGACUGGGCUCACCAUUUCUCCUGUUCUCCCUGGAUUUGGGGGCCUGUCAGCAGCACCCCGACUCCCCAGGGCACUGCUUCAACCUUAAUAUGAACCCCGAAUCCCCUC